AUGUUGCAGGAAAGCUUGCUUUGGCAUAUAAGCCAAAGAAAUAAUGCGCUACCACUACGAGACCAUCAACCGACAACGGGCCGACUAUUGAAGCGGAGCCCACUUGCCGGUUCGGCAAUUCAUUCCGUAGAUUUGCCGCAUGUGACGGGUUCCUUGUACCCUGUACUCCGCUAUGCACGGCCUGGUGUCGUGAUCCAUGCUUACCGCGACAAUGGAGAGUGGUGCCGGGGCUCUCGCUCCCCACUUUCGGGGAAUCUAGGGGAACUUCGAGACCACUGGCUUUGGCCAGGCGUCGGCGUCGAUCUCGACCAUAGACCAGUGCGCGGUCCUAUCCUGCGACCCCCCGAGAGGCUGUUCCAGGCCGCCUGUCCUCACAUCUUUGCUGUUAUCGACCACCACGGGCGAUCAGGACCACCCUACCUUCCCCUAGAAUUCUACAAAAUUGGUAUCGGCCAAUCAUCUCCAGUCAGCCGCCGACGCGCUACUUCACAACGACUAUCCGCAUUCCCCCGACUUCAUUCUCGGUCCCGACAGAAUAAUAACAAUACACUUACGAAGAGGGGAAGACCCCGGAAGAUCUCCACAAAUCACGGUUGUAUUGGCGUUGCUAGGUUGCAGCGCAUUACCCUCUUGGAAAUCCCGAAAAGCACGCGGAUCGACACUAAGAAAAAAACUGGCGUAUAUCUUUUUUUGGGGUCUGGACGACAUGUGCUAAUGAUCGGGAAGAGACAGGGAUUUGGAAAUAGCGGAGUACCUUCAGCGUCUCUCUUGACCCAGGAAGCUCUUCGAAAUCAAGGCGACACUCAGUCGUCUUCAUCCGGCACAUGUCGUACAGCAGGCGUCGCGUCGGGCUUUUUUCCCGAUCGGGGCGUGAUUUUCCUUGAGGAAGAAAAGGCAAUUUGA